CCCGGGCGCUCCAAACGCGUCGCUGGCGGCAGUGCGUCCACCAGGCCAAGUACGGGUCAUGGAGCCACGCGCGGGGGGCGCCACGGACCCUAAGGGGAGCAGAGGAGCAAGCAGCGCGCCGGCCUGGGACGAGGGGAAGAUGGCGGACGCCAAAGAUGGUGUUUUGUGGCCUGCGGGAGCCUCCAGUGCCCCAAUUUCAUUCACCUUCAGUCGCACGUCCGCCCGGAGAUGGCUGGCGGGAGACGCGGCUCCGGAGAAGGAUUUCUUGAAGACCGAGAAACGGAGGGAGCUGCAGAGUGUGCAGCCCUCAGAAGCCCCCAAGGAACUUGUCAUCCCUUUGAUCCAGCAUGGCCACCUCAGGCAGCCACUGACCCAGGCCCCUGGGCCAUCCACACAUACUGAGGUCUUGGUGGAUGGGAUGCUGUCCCAGGCUGUGAAGGAGCUCAUUGAGGAAUCCACGAAGUCUCUGGAGGAGAGAGAGAAUGCGGGUGUCGACCCCACGCUCGCUAUCCCCAUGAUCCAGAAAGGAUGCACCCCCAUCGGGGAAGGGGCAGACAGCGAACCCCGGGCUGAGACAGUGCCGGAGGAGGCUGAUUAUGAGGCAGUCCCUGUAGAGGCCUAUGGGCUGGCCAUGCUGCGGGGCAUGGGCUGGAAACCUGGCGAGGGCAUCGGCCGUACCUUCAAUCAAGUGGUGAAGCCCCGUGUCAACUCACUGAGGCCCAAGGGGUUAGGGCUGGGCGCCAACAUGACUGAGUUCCAGGCCCUGGCCCCCACCGGCCCCCACCACCUGCUGAGGCCAGAUGAGGAGCAAGAGAAGGAUAAGGAAGACCAGCCUCAAGGACUGGUGCCUGGAGGAGCUGUGGUGGUUCUUUCUGGCCCUCACCGAGGCCUCUAUGGGAAGGUGGAAGGCCUCGACCCUGACAAUGCUCGGGCCAUGGUCCGUCUGGCUGUGGGGAGCCGCGUGGUGACUGUUAGUGAGUACUGCCUGCGGCCUGUCUCCCAGCAGGAGUUUGACAAGAACUCCUUGGAUCUGAGCCAGGUGAGCAAAACUUCCCCAAGGCAACAGAAUGGAACAGCCUCGUCAUGGAAGGCCCUUCAGGAUCAGGACCUCCACGUCCGGCAGGAGGACUCAGCGAGGAAGCGGAAACACCAUCCAGACCGGUGGGACCCUGAGCAUCUCAGAUGGAGACAGGAUGAGCCUGCAGCCAAGAGUGAGAAAGCAGCUCCCAGGAGUCAGCACUGGCUGCACAGGGACCUGCGUGUGCGGUUUGUGGACAAGCUGCACAAGGGUGGCCAGUAUUACAACACCAAGAUGACAGUCGAAGAUGUCCUGAGCCCAGAUACCUGUGUGUGUCGGACAGAUGAAGGCCAGGUCCUGGAAGGCCUGAGGGAAGACAUGCUGGAGACCCUGGUUCCUAAGGUCCAGGGCAACCGGGUGAUGGUGGUGCUGGGGCCAUGGGCUGGAAGGGUGGGCCGUCUGCUGGACCGGGACAGAGAGCAGAGCCGGGCUCUUGUGCAGCUGCAGAGAGAGAAUCAGGUGGUGGAGCUUCACUAUGAUGCCAUCUGCCAGUACAUGGGCCCCAGCGACUCGGAGGACUGACCUGUGGACACACUCCCAUCCCCCAGGGUCUGAGCAAGAUGUGGGUAAAAAAGCAUCUGCCUCUUCUGCCAAGUCUCCAGAAGUUUCCCUGGCAGGGUGCAACCUCUGUUAAAAAACUGUCCAGACACUGAACCAGGAAUGUGUGGCAGCAGACUCAAGAAGCAGCUUCUCUGCCUUUUGAGAGAGAAGUGAAGUAUUUGGGUGAUUGGGACUACUGCGUGGGGCUGAGCUUGGUGGAGAAAUAUACAGGUAGGCCCUUCGUUUCUGACGUUGCUUCCUCAGCCGGGGGAUGCUCCCCUCCACUCCCACACUGGGGCCUCUUAAUCUCCAUGUUUGUAGCAUCAAGCAGAGAGAGAAAGUAUCCAACAACUUGGAAAGCUACAUCCUCACCAGGUUACCCCUAUUUCUCCAAUUCAUUCAUCAGGCAUCUGUGGGGAACCCCUACUGUAUGCCAGAUACUAUUCUGCAUGCUAGGGAUACAGUAAAGGGUAAAUCAUUCAUUCAACAAGUAUUGAGUCUCCAUUCUACGCCAGACAUGAUUCUAGCUACUGAAGAUUUGAAAAACACCAUGAACAAAACAAAGAUGCUUGCCCUUGUGGAGCUGACAUUCCAGUGGGGCUGAGAGGCAAUAAGCAUAAGAAGUAAAUGAUCCAGUAUGUUAGAAGAUGCUAACAGCCAUGGGGCUGGGUGGGGGGGAGCGGGGAGAAAGUACAGCAGGGUAAAGGGGAUCCAGAGUGGGCAAUAUUCAUAGGAUGGCCAGGGAAGGCUUUACUACAAAGGUGACAUUUGAGAAAAUAUAUGAAGAAGUGAGGGAGAGUCAUGCAGCUAUCUGGAGAGUGGUCUGAGUCAGGAAACAAAGUGCAAAGGCCCUGUGGUGACACCAUUGCUGGUGUGUUUGAGGAAUAGUGAGGCCAGUGUGGCUGCAGGGGAGUAAAUGAGGGAGAGGGGAUGUAGGAGGUCAGGUCCGAGAGGUACUAUGGUGCUUUGAGGGCCACAUGCAAUGUUCUGACUGAGGUGACAACCAUAAACCUCCAUGCAGCCACUGCCAGAGACUGCCUGUUGAUGCCACCCCCACCCCCACAGCCACAUUAAAUACAGCUGCCUGCCAAGUGCUUUGGUCAGUCUGGCUGAUUUCCACUGUCAGGAACUGACUCUUCCACUGGCUGCCCACUGGGGCUGCUGGAACUUCCUGGAAGGCUUACUUCUCUGUCAGUGCCAGUGGGGUACUUUGAGGCAUUGCCUCAAACUUGGGAAGCAACUUCCUUCCCAGGCCUCGGAGGAAUCCUCAGCACUUCCACACCCCACCCCACCCCACCCCACCCCACCCCACCCCCAUCUUUAACCGCUUCUCUGGAAGAGUUAUUGUCUGAAAACAGACACCACCAGCUAAAGAGGAGAAGCACUAAAUGUAUCCUGUUUCCCCACAGCAUCUCAAAAGAGGACUAAAUGCCACAACGUUGCUCACUAAUCUUUUGGUAGUACUGAUUUUCCUUAUAACCUCAUCCCAUCCUUGUCUUCAAAAGUGCUUUAAGUCCUUGGGGAAUUGCAGAUUAAAAACAACAAUGAAAAAAAAUAAAACAACAAUGAGCUACCACUACACACCUAUGAGAAUGGCAAACAUCCAACACACUGACAAUACCAAAUACUGGUGAGGAUGUGGAACAACAGGAACUUUCAUUCAUUACUGGUAGGAAUGCAAAAUGGUACAGCCACUCUGGAAGACCGUCUGGCCAUUUCUUAAAAAACUAAACAUACUCUUACCAUAUGAUCCAGCAAUCACACUCCUUGAUAUUUACCCAAAGGAGCUGAAAACAUAUCCACACAAAAACGUGCACAUGGAUAUUUAUAGCAGCUUUAUUCAUAAGUGCCAAAACUUGGAAGCAACCACAAUUGUCCUUCAGUAGGUGAAUGGAUAAAGUAACUGUGGUACAUCCAGACAAUAGAAUAUUAUUCAGUGAUAAAAAGAAAUGAGCUAUAUAGCCAUGAAAGGAAACUUAAAUGCAUAUUACUAAGUGAAAGAAAUCAAUCUGAAAACGCUACAUACUGAAUGUUUCCAACAAUAUGACAUUCUGGAAAGGUCAAUACUAUGGUGACAGUAAAAAGUGGUUGCCAGGAGUUAGAGAGUAAGGGAGGGAUGAAUAGGCAGAGCACAGAGGAUUUUACUGCAAUGAAACUACUUUGUAGGCUACUCUAAUGGUCGAUAUGUGCCAUACAUUUGUGAAAACCCACAGAAUGUGCAACACAAAGCGUGAACCCUAAUGUAAACAAGGGACUUUUGGUGACAAUGAUGUACUAUUGUCAAUAAAUGUAGGUUCAUUGAUUGUAAUAAAUGUACCACUGUGGUGCAAGAUGUCAAUAGUGGGGGAAGAUGUGCAUGGAGGUAGGGGCAGGGGUGUAUUUUCUACUCAGUUUUGCUAUGAAUCUAAAACUGCUCUAAAAAAUAAAGCUGAUUCUUUUAAAAAAGCGCUUUAAGAAUCUUUAUGAAAAUUAGAGAUAAACCACCCCUUUUGUCUUUGCCAUAUCCUAUUAAUAAACUGUUUUCAAAAAGCAGUUCUUUUUAUUUUUUUAUUAUUAUUAUUAUUAUUAUUUUGCGGUACGUGGGUCUCUCACUGAUGUGGCCUCUCCCGUUGCGGAGCACAGGCUCCGGACGCACAGGCUCAGCGGCCAUGGCUCACGGGCCCAGCCGCUCCGCGGCAUGUGGGAUCUUCCCGGACCGGGACACGAACCCGUGUCCCCUGCACCGGCAGGCAGACUCUCAAUCACUGCACCACCAGGGAAGCCCAAAAAGCAGUUCUUAUAUAUUCUAGAUACAGAUACUUUAUCAGAUACAUGCUUUGCAAGUAUUUUCUCCCAGUCUCUGGUUUGUCUUUUCAUUCUCUUAAUGUCUUUUGAAAAGCAGAAAUGUUCAAUUUUGAUGAAGUCAAAUUUAUCAAUUUGUUCUUUCUGGAUUGUCCUUUUGAUGUCAUAUCUAAGAAAUCUUCACCUAAUCCAAGAUCACAAAGGUUUUCUAGAAGUUUUAUAGUUCUAGAUUAUAUAUUUAGGUCUUUAAUCCAUGUUGAAUUAAUUUUUGUGUGUGGUGGGAGGUAUGGAUCCAGGCUCAUUCUUUGGAGUAUGGAUAUCCAACUGUUCCAGCACCACUUGUUGAAAAGACUACCCUUCCUCCACUGCAUUGCUUUCCGCUUUUUCAAAAAUCAGUUAUCCACCACAAAGGAAAGAAAAAGAUCAGUUGUCCACAUAUUUUUGGAUUGAUUUCUGGACUCUGUUAUGUUCUAUUGGUAUAUUUGUCUAUCUGUAUGCCAGUAUCAUGCUGUAUUGAUAACUAUAGCUUUAUAAUGAUUCUUUUUUUAAAUUUAAUUUAUUUUCAGCUGCGUUGGGUCUUCGUUGCUGUGCGCGGGCUUUCUCUAGUUGCGGAGAGCAGGGCCUACUCUUCACUGCGGUGCACGGGCUUCUCAUUGUGGUGGCUUCCCUUGUUGCGAAGCACAGGCUCUAGGCCUGCGGGCUCAGUAGUUGUGGCUCGUGUGCUCUAGAGCGCAGGCUCAGUAGUUGUGGUGCACGGACUUAAUUGCUCUGUGGCAUGUGGGAUCUUCCUGGACCAGGGCUUGAACCUGUGUCUCCUGCAUUGGCAGGUGGAUUCUUAACCACUGCACCACCAGGGGAGUCCUGUAAUGAUUCUUGAAAUCAGGUAGGAUUAGCCCUGCAACUUUGUUAUUCUUUUGCAGAGUUGCUUCGGCUAUUCUAGGUCUUUUACAUUUCUAUAUGAAUUUUAGAGUCUUUUUGUCAAUUUCUACUACAAAAGAGCCUACUGGGAUUGGAUCAGAUCUAUAGAUCAAUUAGGGAAGAAUUAACAUGUUAAUAAUAUUUAGCCUUCCAACCCAUGAACAAGGUCCAUUUAUACAUGUCUUUAAUUUGUCUCAGCAGUUUUUGUAGUCUUCGGUGUAUAAGUAUUGUACUGAAGAAAAAAAGGAUAAAUGUCUUGUCAGAUUUAUCCCUAAGUAUUUAAUAUUUCUUGAUAUUAUUGUACAUAUUAUUUUUUGAAUUUUAUUUUUUUAUACAGCAGGUCCUUAUUAGUCAUCAAUUUUAUACACAUCACUGUAUACAUAUCAAUUCAAAUCGUCCAAUUCAGCACACCACCAUCCCCCCCCACGGCUUUCCCCCCUUGGUGUCCAUACGUUUGUUCUCUACAUCUGUGUCUCAACUUCUGCCCUGCAAACCAGUUCAUCCAUACCAUUUUUCUAGGUUCCACAUACAUCCGUUAAUACACAAUAUUUGUUUUGCUCUUUCUGACUUACUUCACUCUGUAAGACAGUCUCUAGAUCCAUCCACGUUUCAACAAAUGACUCAAUUUCGUUCCUUUUUAUGGCUGAGUAAUAUUCCAUUGUAUAUAUGUACCACUUCUUCUUUAUCCAUUCGUCUGUCAAUGGGCAUUUAGGUUGCUUCCAUUAGCUGGCUAUUGUAAAUAGUGCUGCAAUGAACAUUGGGGUGCAUGUGUCUUUUUGAAUUAUGGUUUUCUCUGGGUAUAUGCCCAGGAGUGGGAUUGCUGGAUCAUAUGGUAAUUCUAUGUUUAGUUUUUUAAGGAACCUCCAUACUGUUCUCCAUAGUGGCUGUAUCAAUUUACAUUCCCACCAACAGUGCAAGAGGGUUCCCUUUUCUCCACACCCUCUCCAGCAUUUGUUGUUUGUAGAUUUUCUGAUGAUGCCCAUUCUAACUGGUGUGAGGUGAUACCUCAUUGUAGUUCUGAUUUGCAUUUCUCUAAUAAUUAGUGAUGUUGAGCAGCUUUUCAUGUGCUUCUUGGCCAUGUGUAUGUCUUCUUUGGAGAAAUGUCUAUUUAGGCCUUCUGCCCAUUUUUGGACUGGGUUGUUUGUUUCUUUAAUAUUGAGCUGCAUGAGCUGUUUAUAUAUUUUGGAGAUUAAUCCUUUGUCCGUUGAUUCGUUUGCAAAUAUUUUCUCCCAUUCUGAGGGUUGUCUUUUGGUCUUGUUUAUGGUUUCCUUUGCUGUGCAAAAGCUUUUAAGUUUCAUUAGGUCCCAUUUGUUUAUUUUUGUUUUUAUUUCCAUUACUCUAGGAGGUGGAUCAAAAAAGAUCUUGCUGUGAUUUAUGUCAAAGAGUGUUCUUCCUAUGUUUUCCUCUAAGAAUUUCAUAGUGUUCCAUCUUACACUUAGGUCUCUAAUCCAUUUUGAGUUUAUUUUUGUGUAUGGUGUUAGGGAGUGUUCUAAUUUCAUUCUUUUACAUGUAGCUGUCCAGUUUUCCCCGCACCACUUAUUGAAGAGACUGUCUUUCUCCAUUGUAUAUCCUUGCCUACUUUGUCAUAGAUUAGUUGACCAUAGGUGUGUGGGUUUAUCUCUGGGCUUUCUAUCUUGUUCCAUUGAUCUGUGUUUCUGUUUUUGUGCCAGUACCAUGUUGUCUUGAUUACUGUAGCUUUGUAGUAUAGUCUGAAGUCAGGGAGUCUGAUUCCUCCAGCUCCUUUUUUUCGCUCAAGACUGCUUUGGCUCUUCAGAGUCUUUUGUGUCUCCAUACAAAUUUUAAGAUUUUU